AUGACGGCAGGCCUGGAGAAAGCAUGUCACCGGUGCAUCUCGAAAAUUGCCAGCAAUGCUUGCCUCAUUUUUGGACUCCUUGCUUUCCUGGCAUUACCGCUGUCUAUGGCUUUUGUCGGAAUGAAGUUUUUAGAUGACUGUCCAGUCCAGCCACUGAUUCCCUUGUAUCUGCUUGUGGGUGGUGUAGUUGGCAGCUUGAAGGUGGCUCUUCUGCUCUUUGACUCUACCCGGAUGAGACAGCUCCUUUCUAAAUCCGUCGUGAUUGAUGAUGACGACGAUGACGAAUAUCCGUGGAGGCAGAACGCACACAGAUAUUACAUUCACCUGACCCUCAGCCUCUUCCUCUUCCUCUGGUUCAUUUUGGGAAACUACUGGGUGUUUUCCUCCUACCUGCCUAAUUUCAUUCCGCCUUUCCAUCACCCUCAAGAUUACUGUGACAAAACCCUGUACAUUUUUGCGGUUGGGGUCCUCCUCCUCAGCCACACGACGCUGGUUUUGCUGAUCUUCUGUAGCUGCUGCAUUUAUUGCUUUUCCAACCAAAGAUAUGCUGCAGAGGAGGAUUAA